AUGGAAACCUCUUCAUCGCCCCAGAACGAUCCUCAAGCUGACUCAUCUGGCCAACGUCCGAAACGCCGCAAGAUUGCAGUCGCAUGUGAUGAAUGUCGAGGGCGAAAGGUCCGGUGUGACGGUGUCCAGCCCGUCUGUGGGCAGUGCGCGAAAAGAGCAGACCAUGGAGUAAAUUGCCACUACAGCGGGGAGAGUGAGAAAAAACGGGCAGCGCAGAAUUAUAUCGCCAGCUUGGAAAACCGCCUUAAGCAUCUGGAGGCGCCAGGCUAUAUUCCUGGUCUAGCGGAACUCACUGAUUUCCGGAAAUCAGGCCAUGCAGCUCAGAUGACCCCGUCGAACAAGCCAGCGUCCUCAGCUGGGUCUCCUGGCUCUUUGCGGUAUACAUCGCAGUUAUCGCCAGUGCACAAUCAAUCUCAACAUAGGCCUAGUAUAUCCCUGGGGGCUAACACAGAACGUUCCCCAGCACGUACUGUCGCCCAGGAUUCCCCGGGAGGAAAUCAAACUUGCACCCACAAGGGAGAGCCGUAUUCUGCUCAGCGAGCAUCGAAUCCAACUGAGGCUAGCACCGAUGGUGUGAUUGGCAUGAUGGGUGCUAUGGAAGAAGAGCGUCCAUCCCAAGGAUUCUUCGGCAGCUCCAGCGCGGCAAGUUUCAUGCGCCAAAUUAAAACAGCAGUGGAUAAGCGUGUAUCGUCUCCAGAUCAACGCCCCUCUGAAUCCAUUUUGGGGCUUCGUCCGCCGUCGAGCCUCAGGUCAAACCAAAAAGAACGGCAGAGUGCCAUUCACGACUAUGUGCUGCCGCCUCGGAAAACGGCAGAUAAUCUGAUGAACGUAUACUGGCACUAUGUAUUCCCACUGUACCCGCUUGUUGACAGCAUCCAUCUCCGUGAAGAGUACUCGCGGAUAUGGACUGGGGAUGCAAUGCAAUCCGACGAGAAUAUGUUGAUGUGUACCUUUAAUGUUAUUUUCGCCUUAUCAUGCCAGCUCGCUGAUUUCCUCGCCCCGGAAGAGCGCGAAGCUUCGGCAGCGGCGUUCUUCUCACGCGCCAAGGAUUUGUUACACUUUAACUUAUGGGACUCUGGGUCAGCUGGCCUGAUCCAGUGCUUACUUCUAAUGGCGCAGUAUUUACAGAGUACUGAUUCGGCCCAUCAGUGCUGGAUUGUCACUGGCUUGGCUGUCCGGAAUGCACAGAGUAUGGGGCUCCAUCUCCCAGAGACAAUUGCGCGUCUCCAGAGCCCACAGGAACAGCAGUUGGCGCGCAAGAUUUGGCACGGCUGCGUUCUCAUGGACCGCGUUAUAUCGAUGACCUUUGGGCGCCCCGCUAUGAUUUCAAAAGCAUCAUGCGGAUCGGUUCCACUACCUGCAACCAUCGACGAGGAGUAUAUCGCAUCAGCCUCCGGGCAUGAGGUAGCACAGCCCGCUGAUCAGCCGUCAAUAAUGGCAUUCUACGCCAAGUCCCUGGAGCUUUACGAAAUCCUAAACGACAUCCUGCUGAGCCUUUACAAGCCUGUUCCGGAGGAGAGCACAGAUGACAUUUACGAUUUCUAUUUUAGUUGUGAUAUCAACGAGGACGAGCUGACCAUUUUCGAACUUGACCGCGCUCUUACGAAAUGGACGCGCAGUCUGCCUCCCCAUCUGCGCGGGGAGCCCGCCCCAGGGCCUAACAAUAUGAUCUUCUACCGCCAAACCGUCGUAUUACGAGCAAGGUUCCUCCACGUACGGAUGCUGCUUUUCCGACCGAUAUUAUCCAAGUACUGCACAUCCCGCGACAUGGGUUCUGACCCGCUCAUAUCGCUCGCCGAUUCAUUUCCACAACGGGUUGCCCUGCAAUGUUCGGUCAUUUGCGUCAAAGUCGCCCGAGAGAUAAUCGAACUGCUGUACGGAAAUAUACCUGCCGAUGGAUCCUCCGGCCCACUUCCCGCAUGGUGGUAUAAUAUUCUUUUUAUAAUCGCCAGUCGGCUCUGUCCCUCAAUCCUAGAAGAAGUAACUGAAGACGCUAUAACGAGAUCUUGGAACUGCGCACUAGAGAUUCUCAGAAAAUACCAGAGCUACAGUACUUCUGCGCGACGAUGUGUUGCAGCCCUGGAGAUUCUCUAUGAACGAACAGUCGCCGACUCCACUAAUGAGCGCCCACAGCCUCAAAGCGCUUUUCCUACGGCCAAUACCAUGGGUGAUACGCCGCUGGGAGAGGGGAUAAACGCUAGUCUGCUUGAUGGCUUUGACUUCCCGGACUUCCAAGAUAUGUCCUGGCUCAAUAGUGUCCCGAGCCAUCUAUAUUAA